CUUCUGUAAAGAACUCAACCCAAUCCAAAACCCAAGCAACAUGGCAUUCAAGUUUGUUUUCGCACUCGCCUUCGUCGCAGUCGCCAGCGCCGGUUACGUGCCCCAGGCAUACCACGCAGCUGUUGCUGCCCCAGUUGCCACCUACGCUGCUCCAGUGGCUGUCGCCCAGAAGGUGGUGGUCAAGUCCGAUGAGACAUACGAUCCCCAUCCCCAGUACCGCUUCUCGUACGGCGUCGACGAUCAGGUGACCGGUGACUCCAAGGCUCAGGUCGAGGAGCGUGAUGGUGAUGUGGUCCGUGGAGAGUACUCCCUGGUCGAUGCUGAUGGUUACAAGCGCACAGUCCAGUACACCGCCGAUCCCAUCAACGGUUUCAACGCUGUGGUCAACCGUGAACCCCUCAACGUCGUGAAGACCAUUGCCCAUGCUCCAGUUGCUCAUUAUGCCGCUCCAGCUCCAGUGGCUCACUAUGCUGCCCCAGCUGUUGUGAAGACCGUUGCUCCAGUUGCCCACUAUGCCGCUCCAGCUGUCGCUCACUACGCUGCCCCAACUGUCGUCAAGACUGUUGCUCCAGUUGCCCACUACGCUGCCCCAGCUCAUGUGGCUCACUAUGCUGCCCCAGCUGCUCACUAUGCUACCUACUCCGCACCAGCCGUUGCCUACCAUCAUUAAAGUGUUGAAUCUUUGAUUGUUUAUGUAUAGAAUCGUUGCUCAUAUAACUGUACAUUUAUUUAUUGACAUUAACAAUAAAAUAAUGCAUACAUGAAAAUUAUAA